ACCAAGGGGCGGCAGUGUGGUCGAGACAGUGAUGGUGGGUGGACGUCGCCGCGCGCGCUGAUGUCGGCCUUGCGCCACCCUCUUUCGCGUCUGGCAGGGGUGCGGGUGCUCGCCCUCCUGCUGCUGCUGCUGCUAUACCCAGGGCACGCCUCGGCCCAGCACCACCACCAACAGCAGCAGGGAGACCCAGGGGGCGCGGCCUCCGGGGGGCGGCGUGCCCUGGUGACGGUGUCGCUACAUAUGCAGGACCGUCGCGGCAAGUACACGGAGCAGGAGGUGACGUUGUGGGGCGCCUUCUCCCCCUGGCCGCCGCCGCCCCCGCCGAGGGGAGAGUCAUACAGAUGCACCCAGCGGCUUUAUGCGAGAGUGUGCGCAAUGACGGCCUGGAUUACGAGUUCGGCUGGGUUGGGUUUUUCAAGCCCGAGGUGGUGCCGGACCUCCCCAAGAAGUGUCAAUCUGUUUACGCCAUGGCACGGUACGCGAUGGAACGCGGCGCCACGGCCAUUCUUGUGGACAUUGACGGGCUGGUGGCUGCGCAGGAGGAGCUGUUUGAGGAGGUGGCGGCGCAGGACCUCCUCAAGAGACCUGUGGUGGUGCUGUUCCCUGCCCAGGCCACCAAACUGCAGAGUAUUAUAAUACGCCGCCCUAUGGUGAUCCACGCACGCAUUGAGCUGCCCCCUGCCCGUGACCACUUCGACCUGGGCAUCUUCUUGACGUGCUUCUUCCUCAUCGUCCUCGUCUGCCUUGCCAUCGUCGUCAAGAUGCGAUGGAGAAGGAAUAACAAGCAGAACACUUUGGCCCAACAAGCAAAGAGAGCGCUUAACAAAAUGGAGUGCAGAAGAUACAAGGAGAAGAAGAAGGACGAGAAACAGAGAAUAAAAGUGAAACUUAAAAAGAAGAAGAAGAAGAAAAUCAAAGUUAUUAAUGAUGGAGGAAGUGGAGGAGGAGGAGGGGGAGGAAGUUGUGGUGGUGGUGGCGGUGGUAGUGGGAGGAGUAGUGACGCCACGAAAGGAGGGGAAGAAGAGGAAGAGGAAGAAGAGGAGGAGGAAGAAGGGGAAGAAGAAGAGGAAGGCAGCCAUGAGAUUUCCGUAUUGUCGGAGGGACCUGAGGUGUGCGUGGUGUGCCUGGAGGAGUACCGCCCCCACCAGGAGCUUCGCGUGCUGCCGUGCAAACACGAGUUUCACCGCACGUGCGUGGACCCCUGGCUGCUGCAGCACCGCACGUGUCCUCUGUGUAACUACAACAUUAUAGAGGGCUGCUACGAGAGUCCUCCAGCCACGUGCACGGCGGCGCCGCCCCUGCCCCCUGCGCCUCCCCUGUACAGCACCCCUCCCCCCGGCCAGCAGGCGGCGUGUGGCCAUCCCGGCUGCCCGGCGCUGCUGGGCGGGGGCUACAGCCCCCUGCCGCCAGGGUACAUCAGCCCGCCCCCGGGGUACUCCAGCCCUCCCCUUGCCCCCAUGGCGUGCACCGGGGCGGGGGGCGUGGCCAGCGGCUACGCCAGCCCCGCCCUGGGGUACAACACGCCCACCAGUGGCUACAUGAGUCCCGGGGUGGCUAUCCCGCUCCCCGCACUGGCUACCUCAGCCCCCACGCCUCCUUCCUCGGCUCCCUGGCGGGGUACGGGCUGGCGGCAUCCUGUGGUUACGGGGCCGCCGCCCCCGCUGCCCCGCGAGGAUUCGGCGGCGGCUGUGGCCACGCCUCCUGCCUCAUGUACCCGCCCGCGCCCACGCACGACCCGCGGUGUGGGCACGGGCACGUCCCUCCGCCCCACGCCGCCCCCCACGGCCCGCCCCCCACGGGCCGCCCCCAGGCUCCAGCAGCGAGGAGACGGAGCAUCAGAUAGUGAGCGUGGAGGUGCAGCACCACGGCGCCGCUGGGCCGCGUCCCGUCACAUUCCAGGCUGGCGGAGGUAGUGGCGGGGGCCGCGGCCCCCUGCCCGCCGCCCCCCUGAGUCGGGAGCAGCUGGCGCCCUUCCUGGCAGCCCUGGCGGCGCUGCAGGAGGAGCGGAGGGGCGGCAGCGAGGCCAGUGACGCCUCGUCCUCGCUGGACAA